AUGUAUUUGUCUCGCUGUGGUAGAUCUGCUGCUCGCUUGCUCCCCCUGGGGAGCUCCCGGGCAGCCGUUGUCUCCGCUCGCGCCUCUAUCGUGCCCAGAUUAGCACCCCAAUCGCGGGGAGUAGCCUCGUCCACCCGUGAUACGCAACACAAGCUGCUCGCGGCUUCUCUGCAGGAGUCUGACCCCGCCGUUUAUAACAUUCUGCAGAAGGAGAAAAACCGUCAAAAGCACUUCAUUAACCUGAUCCCCUCCGAGAAUUUCACAUCGCAAGCUGUUCUCGAUGCCCUAGGCAGUGUUAUGCAAAACAAAUAUUCCGAGGGAUACCCCGGUGCCCGGUACUAUGGAGGAAACGAGCACAUUGAUGCCUCCGAGCGAUUGUGCCAGCAGCGUGCUUUGGAGACCUUCCGUCUGAACCCGGAGGAAUGGGGAGUGAACGUUCAACCUCUGUCUGGCUCACCUGCUAAUCUCAUGGCCUACUCCGCCCUCCUCAACACCCACGACCGCCUUAUGGGCUUGGACCUUCCUCACGGUGGCCACCUGUCCCACGGUUAUCAGACCCCUACCAAGAAGAUUUCUGCCAUCUCCAAAUACUUCGAGACCUUCCCCUACCGCCUGGACGAGUCGACUGGUCUGAUCGACUAUGAUGCAUUGGAGAAGUCGGCCACCCUAUAUAGGCCCAAGCUGAUUGUCGCGGGUACCUCGGCCUACAGCCGUCUGAUUGACUACCCGCGCAUGCGCGCGAUCGCCGACUCCGUCGGUGCCUACUUGCUGUCCGAUAUGGCGCAUAUCUCGGGCCUUGUGGCUGCCAACGUGCUCCCAUCUCCCUUCCCCUACUCAGAUGUCGUGACUACCACCACCCACAAGUCUCUGCGUGGCCCGCGUGGCGCCAUGAUCUUCUACCGUAAGGGCGUGCGCAGCACAGACAAGAAGGGUAACCCCGUCAUGUACGAUCUCGAGAACCCAAUCAACGCAUCUGUCUUCCCCGGCCACCAGGGUGGCCCUCACAACCACACUAUCACCGCGCUUGCCGUGGCUCUGAAACAGGCUCAGUCGCCUGACUUUGAGGCUUACCAGAAGACAGUGCUCCUUAACGCAUCUGCUCUAGCCGGGCGCCUAGGCGAUUCCACCAGCAACGGUGGGCUCGGCUACAACAUUGUGUCCGGUGGCACCGACAACCACCUGGUGCUAGUGGACCUGAAGAACCGCGGCGUGGACGGUGCUCGCGUUGAGCGCGUUCUCGAGCUUUGUGGUGUCGCCAGCAACAAGAACACCGUUCCUGGUGACAAGUCCGCCCUCAAGCCCGGCGGUCUGCGUCUGGGAACCCCAGCCAUGACCUCUCGUGGCUUCCAGCCCGAAGACUUCACCCGUGUUGCGGAUAUCGUCGAUCGUGCGGUCACCAUCACCCAGAAGCUGGACAAGGUUGCCCGUGAGUCGGCUCAGUCCCGCGGUGUCAAGAACCCCAAUACUGUCAAGGCCUUCUUGGACUACGUGGGUGAGGGCGAGGAGAUCUCGGAGAUUGUUGUGCUCCGCCAAGAGGUCGAGGACUGGGUUGGUACCUUCAGUUUGCCAUGGGCUGAGGACCAAUUUACUCCGCAAACUCUAAUUCAGGACGGAAACAUCAUUUUCGCCCGAGAUCGGCCGACCAAAACGAAUUUUCAUAAACCGUGGAUUGCAUCGAGCUACGACGUGCUGCUUUCUUUUCAUCUGCAGCAGGGCUUUCCACCUACAAUCAUGAAAGUUAGCCAGCUCUAUGUCUACCCGAUUAAAUCCCUCCGACCAACAACAAUCACAGAGGGUAUUUUAACUACACGCGGCUUUCAAUAUGACCGCCACUUCAUGCUCCUCAAAGUCAUCCCAGCUGAGGAUGGCUCCGGCAGCACAACCCUAAAGAACAUGCAUGUCCCGCAUUUCCCAGAAAUGGCCCUCUUCCACACCGACAUUGAGUAUCCGGAAACAGGAAAGGACAGUGGAAAACUGAUUAUCACAUACCACCCUCCUCUAUCAGAGUCAGCUACCAGACCUCGCGAAAGCAAUCGACUGGAAAUCCCACUCCAGCCCAACCCCCAAAGCCUCAACGCCCUCAAAAUCGUAAUGCACCAGAGCCCAACAACAGGAUACAACAUGGGAGCAAAGUACAACGACUGGUUCAGCACUCGCUUCGGGUACCCCGUAGUCCUAGCCUACCUGGGACCGCAUUCGAGAGAGGUGCUUGGCACACUGGCGCCAGCAAAGAAAGACAAAAUGAGCCCACUGCGCACAAUACGCGAACGUCUAACAAGACCCGACAGGAAAUGGGAACGGGCCUUCCCGAUUCUCAUUGUAGCAUUCGCGAUCAAUAUACUCUUUCAGGGCGGUACAAUCGUCCACGACGGGAUUACCCCCCAAACAGCUCGAAGUCUCACACCCACGCUCAUUUUCACUGCUAGUACGAUGGUGUUGGUGCUGGUGCUAUAUUACUUUUACACUGUGCAUGCACAGCACGAGGACCGCAUUACCUUUGCGGACUGUGCGCCUUAUCUGGUUAUCUCCGAGACAUCCGUUGAUAAUGUCUCAGCGCGGCUGCCGGACGGGGAAGAGAUGGACCUCACGAAGUUCCGGCCUAAUAUUGUCGUUUCGGGGGCUGGGGAGGCUUUCGAAGAAGACUUUUGGGGUGCGCUGACUGUAAACGCUGGAUUAGAGCGUGGGUCGAGUAGGCUGUUGCUGACGGGGAAUUGUGUACGUUGUCAGAGCCUUAAUGUUGAUUACGAGACUGGGAAGAUGGGGACUGGUGAGUCUGGUGCUGUGCUUAAAAAGUUGAUGAAGGAUCGCAGGGUGGAUUCUGGGGCGAAGUACAGCCCUGUUUUUGGUAGAUAUGCUUUCUUGGAGCCGAAGGGCGAGGGGAUCAGUUUGAGGGUUGGUGACGAGGUUACGGUUGCUGAGAAAGGAACUAGUAGGUCUAUUUUUGGUGAGUAUUUCUCCUUUUUUUCCUGGCGGAUUGUGUGA